AUGGUGCAUCAAAUUACAUAUACUUCUAAUGAAAUUCCUCAAUUGUGUGACAGAGUGCACAAGGACUACCUAUCAAAAAGAAAAUCAGAUUCUCAACCUAGAUAUUUGAUAUCACUUGCAGGCGUUCCCGGCUCUGGUAAAACAACAUUUGCUAAUGCUAUAGCCAAAAGACUUUCAACUUUUGCAAAAGUGGUAGUACUAUCUCAAGAUGGGUUUCAUUUAUAUCGCUCGGAACUAACAUUAAUGGCAGAUCCAAAGGAGGCUUUUCGAAGACGGGGUGCUCCUUUUACUUUUAACGCACAGGCUUUUGUCAAUUUGAUCUCAAAAUUGAAGGACCGUUCCCAAACCAUCAAAGCACCUUCUUUUGAUCACAAAUUGAAAGAUCCGAUAGAAGAUGAUAUAGUGAUACACGGUAAUGUAGACAUUAUAAUAAUCGAAGGAAAUUAUGUAUCACUUCGAGACAAAUACUGGGAUGAAAUUGAAAAUUUUGUUGACGACACUUGGUUUAUAAAAACCCCUGAAAAUCUAGUUCGAGAGAGAAUUAUUAAACGCCAUUUGAACGCAGGAAUAGCCGCAAAUGAAAAAGAAGCAGCCGAAAGAGCCGAUGGGAGUGAUAUGCAAAAUGCUCAUUAUAUAGAUGGCAAUUCUAAGCCCACCAAAGUUCUAAUUCUAUCCGAAUAG